AUGCUAAUCAAGUUGGUUCCAGGAAACUCUGCGGGAACUGUCACAACAUUUUAUCUUUCGUCUGUUGGAAACUAUCAUGAUGAGACCCACUUUGAGUUCUUAGGAAGCUCAUCAGGACAACCUUACAUCAUGCACACAAACAUCUUUCUCCAAGGAAAAGCAAAUAUGGAGCAGGAGUUCAACUUUUGGUUUGAUCCAACUGUCGAUUUCCACAACUAUACCAUUCACUGGAACCCUAACGCAGUAGUGUGCUAUGUUGAUAGUAUACCCAUUAUGGUUUUCAGAAACUACAGAAGCGAAGGAAUUGGAGGUGGGCUGGUCAAAAUCGACUGGACCUGCGUACCUACCCCUACCCCAGCUAACUGGUGGACCUCCAAUGUCUACAAGAAACUGAGUUCGAAUCAGCAGGUGUUCCAAAUCAAGUUUGCUAAGAUAGGCGUUGGAAACCCCUACGGAUCAUAUUUUACAGACAUUUAUUGGUGGAUUAAUUGGGAGAUGUGGCUCAAACAUAUCUCGGAUCAGAACAGAGUCAGGAGAACUUUCAAGGUUCAUGGUGGGAAAGGGGAAAAGAAACAUAGACAAAUUCACUUGGGUGGUAGUGCUCAGCAGGUUGCUUUGGCAAAGCAGAGAGUUGAUGAGUACAUAUAUACUCAGAUGAUGCAGGAAACUAGUGGUCAGCAGUCCAUGGUUGAUGAAAGCGAAUAG